CAUAAAACACGAUCAUCAUACGAUUGAACAACAUGAAAGAAGCAAGUAGCAAACAAAAACCGAACGAGGCGAAACCAACUCCAAGGAGCAUGUACCUACAGCCAGGAAUAUGUUUCCAGAGAGAACGCUUACUAGUCAAACAAUCCUCUCAGGGAAGAGAGCAAUUUGUUUCUCAUGGACACCGAUCGUCGCCCACAAACGAAGCAGAGGCCACAGAACGUAGGGUUUGGGGUGCGAAAAUCAAGUUGGAAUAUCUUGAUUUACUUCCCAAUGAUGCUCAUCAAAUUCGAAACGUCAUCGUAGUGGCUGAGCCGACCAGUGUCGUCGUAGCUCGAAUUGAGAAAUACAUGAAAGAUAUGUCGAUUUGCUAUGUAUUCCGUUCGGAAGAGAAAGAGCUAUAUUGCCGGACUUCGAAGCUGCUACAUUUCGUUGUAAAGUUUUUUAAAACCAGCAAGUCUGAAACGGCCGUCAAUGUGGAACGGCGGAAAGGUUGUGCUAUCCAAAUGCAGUCUGUUCGGCGUAGCCUCUUCAAAGCCGUGCUUGCCGGAAAUUUAUCUAAGAGUCAAUAUGUACACAACGACUGUCACUCAUCAUUAAGAAGGAAGAAGUUUUGUCCUGAUAUUGAGAAAAUGUUUCAAGCUAACUGCAGGCAACAGCGAAAGUCAUGGCAAUUGCAAAGGCAGGGCUCGAAUUGUAGUCAAGACAUGAAAUCAUGUGGAUCGUUGAUCGGAAGUGGUUGCGAUGAUCAGACUCGACUUGGAUUGGAGAGUCUAGUCUACAUGACCAGUCCAAAUACGGUAGCAAGCACGACGUCAGAGAAGGUGUCACGAGCUCUGGUACUUAACGAAGGGCCAUGCGGUGAUUUGCUUCGGAAAGACCUUGUAUUCUGUUUGGAACGCUCGAACCCAGCUUUAAACCACGAGAGUCUGUCAACGAGCUGGAGAAGCGGGUUUGGGGAAGAAAUGGGCAUGGACGACAUGCAACUUCUUGCGCUUCAAAUUCUCACAAACGCCCUAGCUAUCGUGUCAAAGCUACCGGUGAGACUACGCGAAAAAAUUGACCCAAACUCACUUUUUUGGAAGUCACUUUUUUCAAUACUGAGGAUGAAUCUCGCGGUGGCUUCAGAGUUUCCCCAGGAGGGGGCCAUUUCGGCGAAAUGCUUUGGAUUUUUGGAACUGCUUGCGCCAGAAAUAGCGAAUAUACUAGUGGACGAGCGUCUCUUGUCAAAUUUGGUGGCUGCAUACGAGUAUGGCAAACAGCACCAUUCAGACCUUGAAAUUGAAUCGCAAAGGUUGCUUCGACAGUUAAGCAGCCAUCUUGAACGAGAAUCGCAAUUGUAGAACUUAGCGGUCACUGUUAUGUAAUGGCUCAUUUUGUUGCAUCAGCAUACGAUCAAGGUGAACGGUCAUCUAACCUGAUCGAUGAAUGCACUGGUAACGCAACAUAACAUUUGCCAAUUCCGCGAUUCAAAUUAAGUCGAGUAACUCCUCCCCCCUUAGCUAAAAUGUACCAGUCUA